AUGUAGUCAUAAGACCCCACAGUUCCUUCUCUGUCUUAGACACAGGUUCGGCUCAGAGGACUACAUUUCCCGGCGCACUCCAAUCCGCCGAGGGCGCCAGUCCGCGGCAGCCAUUUUGUUCCGCCCGAGAAACGCGUAAGAUGGCGGCCGGGGAGGCGGUGAAGGUUGCAGUCCGCCCUUUCGGGCGCUAGUCCGCCGUGUCCGCGUCUCCCGGCGGCAGGCCCAUGGCCUGGCGGAGGCCCGCACCAUGGACCUCCGCACCGCCGUGUACAACGCCGCCCGCGACGGAAAGCUGCAGCUGCUUCAGAAGCUGCUCAGCGGCAGGGGCCGGGAGGAGCUGGACGAACUGACGGGUGAGGUGGCCGCCGGGGGGACGCCGCUGCUCAUCGCCGCCCGCUACGGCCACCUGGAUGUGGUCGAGUACCUGGUGGACCGGUGCGGCGCGAGCGUGGAGGCGGGCGGCUCGGUGCACUUCGACGGCGAGACCAUCGAGGGCGCGCCGCCGCUGUGGGCCGCCUCGGCCGCCGGCCACCUGGACGUGGUGCGCAGCCUGCUGCGCCGCGGGGCCUCGGUGAACCGCACCACGCGCACCAACUCGACGCCCCUGCGCGCCGCCUGCUUCGACGGGCACCUGGAAGUGGUGCGCUACCUGGUGGGCGAGCACCAGGCCGACCUGGAGGUGGCCAACCGGCACGGGCACACGUGCCUCAUGAUCUCCUGCUACAAGGGCCACCGCGAGAUCGCCCGCUACCUGCUGGAGCAGGGCGCCCAGGUGAACCGGCGCAGCGCCAAGGGCAACACGGCGCUGCACGACUGCGCUGAGUCCGGUAGCUUGGAGAUCCUGCAGCUGCUGCUCGGGUGCCACGCCCGCAUGGAGCGCGACGGCUACGGCAUGACCCCGCUGCUGGCGGCCAGCGUGACGGGCCACACCAACAUCGUGGAGUACCUCAUCCAGGAGCAGCCUGCCGGCGAGGAGGCACAGCCGCCGCUGUCCCCGCAGUGCGUGCAGCCCCCAGGGGCCCGCUGCCGCCGCAGCUCCAACCCAGAAGAACCCCUUGGCAGCGAAUCUUACGAGAGCUGCUGCCCCACCAGCCGGGAAGCCGCGGUGGAAGCCCUGGAAUUGCUGGGCGCCACCUAUGUGGAUAAGAAGCGGGAUCUGCUUGGGGCCUUGAAACACUGGCGACGGGCUAUGGAGCUGCGUCACCAGGGGGGCGUGUAUUUGCCCAAACCGGAGCCCCCACAGCUGGUCCUGGCCUAUGACUAUUCCAGGGAGGUGAACACCGCCGAGGAGCUGGAGGCGCUCAUCACUGACCCGGACGAGAUGCGCAUGCAGGCCCUGUUGAUCCGAGAGCGCAUCCUGGGGCCCUCUCACCCGGACACUUCCUAUUACAUCCGAUACAGGGGCGCGGUGUACGCCGACUCGGGCAAUUUCGAGCGCUGCAUCCGCUUGUGGAAGUACGCGCUGGACAUGCAGCAGAACAACCUGGAGCCGCUGAGCCCCAUGACCGCCAGCAGCUUCCUCUCCUUUGCGGAACUCUUCUCCUACGUGCUGCAGGACCGCGCGGCCAAGGGCAGCCUGGGCACGCAGAUCGGCUUUGCAGACCUCAUGGGGGUGCUGUGCAAAGGGGUCCGGGAGGUGGAACGGGCCCUGCAGCUGCCCAAGGAACCUGGCGACUCAGCGCAGUUCACCAAGGCCCUGGCCAUCAUCCUCCACCUGCUUUAUCUGCUGGAGAAGGUGGAGUGCACGCCUGCCCAGGAGCACCUGAAGCACCAGACCGUCUACCGGCUGCUGAAGUGUGCCCCCCGGGGCAAGAACGGCUUCACGCCUUUGCACAUGGCCGUGGACAAGGAGACCACCAACGUGGGCCGCUACCCAGUGGGCAGGUUCCCCUCCCUCCAGGUGGUCAAGGUGCUGCUGGACUGUGGGGCUGACCCGGACGGCCGGGACUUUGAUAACAACACCCCGCUGCACAUAGCAGCCCAGAACAACUGCCCAGGGGUCAUGACAGCCCUUAUUGAAGCGGGGGCCCACAUGGAUGCCGCCAAUGCCUUCAGAAAGACCGCCUACGAGCUCCUGGAUGAGAAGCUGCUGGCCAGGAGCACCAUUCAGCCCUUCAACUACAUAACCCUGCAGUGCCUUGCAGCCCGCGCCCUGGACAAGAACAAGGUCCCCUACAAGGGCUUCAUCCCCGAGGAGCUGGAGGCUUUCAUUGAGCUGCACUGACCGGGUGCUGAGUGGGGAGAAAUCGGUGCCCGCACGUGCCUCACCUUCUCCUGGUGAGGACGUCGGGAACCCGUGAGGGCCCUCCUGCCUCCUGUGCCCCUUCGCCUCUGCGGAAAGAGGGGAGAAGAGCUAGUGAGCUGUUUGGUGCUUGAAGCCUCCGGGAUCACUUGCCAAAGAACUUUCUCCAGGAGCCCACAACCACCCUGGUCGGGAGGAGACUCGCGACCCUCCACGCAUCCUGUCUACCUGGGGUUGGGGGGAUUUUGCCCUCUUACCAGCAGGCCGAGGGGCUGAAGGUAUCGAAACUGGGAAUCUGGCCACCCUCCGCCCCUUAUGGGGCUGGCUCACCCCAGCCGCGGAGGGCAGUGUAAGGCCUGGCGGGCCCCGGGGUGGGAGGUCGGGGACUCCAGAAGGAAGACCAGCCCACCCCUGCCCGCCUGCUCCUUCGGGCCGGUGGGCAGGGCUCUCCCCCGGGCAGCCUGCCCCUCGCGUGCCUUCCGUUGGUUUGCUGUUCUGCUUGUCAGGAAGUGGGCAGGCCCGGGCAUGGCCCAGGAGUCCCCGAGUUGGGCUGUCAUAUGCUCUUUUUAAAAGAAUUUUGUCUGUCAGACUUGAGAAGUGAAUUUCACACAGCAGGGGUUUUGGGGCGCCUGAGACGGCCGAGGCCUCAGGAGUGGGCCUGAUUGUGCGGGGGCCUUGGUGAGGCGGGUGGAAGUCCAUGGUGUGGGUCCCUAAAAGGCCGCACGUUUGCCUUUUACGUGGGCCUCUCGACUCCCAGCCUCACUAGAAAGAGUUUUCCAAACACGGAUCUGGCCAAACGCUGCCUGAGGAGCUGGGCGGGCCCGUGUCCCACCCGGCAGGAGGCGGCAGGACCGGUUUGGGUCAGGCUUUCCGUUGAGGCCGCUUCAGCCUCACGUCCUGUGCAAGCACAGUUUCUUGGUGGGCUUCGCACGUGGCUCCGGCCGUUUUUGUAGCUGCUUGCAAACCUGGGUCCAGGCGUUCCCAAGCAAAUUCCAGGUACAUUGUGAAUAGAUGAGACGGUGGGCGUCAAGAACGAGUCACCAACCGGGCUGAUAGGAAACUUGGUUGCCCAUCCCUCAAGCUCUUCCAUGCCCGUGCGAGAGAAGCUGCAGCCGUGAGGGCUGCCCCUGGCGUGACCCCGCAUGCGCCCCAGGACUGCCCCGGCCUGCGUGCUGAGUGGUGAGUAGCAGGAAGGGGCAGAAGCAGCGGCCCCCGCGGCUCAGGGCGCGCUGAGCAGAGCGGCCUCCUCGCUGUGUCGCGCGGCCGCUGCUCGGGGGCCUUCAGAAGCGCCCGGGCCUGGCUGUUGCACCCCCCUGAGGUAACUAGGUCUCGUUUGGAUUUGCAGUGUGUGUUAGGAUGUUACUUAUUUACAAGGCUCAGUUUUACCUUCCGUUAAAGCGGGAAACACGGUCACUGUCCCUUUCACGGUGCGGAAUAAAAACGAGGCUGUUGAAAUUGCA